GCUAACUUUAGUAGCAGAAAGUGAAACAUGGCGAGGAGACGGACGGUUUUUUCAGUGGCUCCGUAUUUUAUUGUUUUAAGUUGUUUAUCUACAAUAGGACUAUGCGCUAGAGAAGUUGUUUUAGUAGAUUCUUCCAAAUUUCCAAACCUAAAGAACUGGACAACACAUAUAAAUGAAAAAUCAGAUUCCAACACAGGGUGGAAAGAAGGCAGUUUUAGAGACAAUGGGAACAUCAUCCGAAUUUUCUCUUCCUGUUCAGUCAGUAGUUCAACUGUUGACAACUGGUUAAGGACUCCUUACAUACAUCGACAAGGAGCCAACAGUCUACGCAUAGAAAUCCGAUUUUCCAUGCGGCGUUGUGUUCAACAUUCAGAUCCAAGCACCAUUAAACAGUGCAAAGAAACUUUCAACUUGUAUUAUUAUGAAGCUGAUGAUGACAUUGCAAAUGCACACAUGCCAACAUGGGACUCUGUGUCAUAUACACACAUUGACAAAAUAGCAGCAGACAAUUUAUAUGACUCAAACACAAACAUCAAACUUAACACUGAAGUUAGGGAUGUACCCUUAACCCCUGGAAUGGGGGGUGUGUACAUUGCUUUUCAGGACCUUGGAGCAUGUGUCACUUUGAUCUCCGUAAAAGUUUCAUACAUUAUGUGUCCGAAUAUCACCGUCAAUUAUGCAUUUUUCCAAGAAACCCCUGUUGGUCGAGUGAACCCAGGAUUUGAGGAACACACAGGGGUCUGUGUAGCAAAUGCCGCGGAGAAGACCCGCCCCAAGUAUCUGUGUCGGAGUGAUGGUAUGUGGACCUACCCUACUGGACAGUGUCAGUGUUUGUCUGGCUAUGAGGGACAAGGAGGAACAGCAUGUGUGGGAUGUAGACCUGGCUUCUUUAAGUGGCUCCUGGGAAAUACUCCAUGCAUACCAUGCCCUUCUAACAGUUAUACAAAUGUACCACGGUCCGUGGAGUGCACGUGUGCGGAUGGCUACUAUCGCAAUCCAAAAGACAGCAAAAACUCCUCUUGUACUCAGCCACCAUCCAAGCCUCGGAAUUUAGUAGCUGAGGAGAUAACCCAUAACUCCAUUACGUUAUCAUGGAUACCUCCCAUGUCAGAUGGAGGGAGAAAAGAUGUCCGCUAUAGGGUAGCCUGUACUCCUUGUGAGAGUGUGUCGUUCCACCCAGGCUGGGAAAACAUUAACCAGACAAGGGUAUCAAUCACGGGGUUGACAUCAAGCACCAAGUAUAGUAUUAGAGUAUCUGCUGUAAAUGGCGUCAGCAACCAGAGCAACAUUCCGGUGGAGUUUGAUGAAGGACAGUACACAACCAAGGCUAGUACCCAAACCAUUGUCAACUUCCAGAUCAGCAAUCGUGGCCAGACAGAAAUUACAGUCACCUGGGAUAUUGCGCCUAACAUCAGAAACAAGGUCAUGUUCUACCAGGUCCGUAGUGCACCAAGACUAGGAAAUGGAAACAUCUUCCUAAAAAAUAUAUCGGCCAACCACCAGAAUUAUACAUUUAAGAAUCUCAACUUGGGAGCAGAGUACAGUCUUCAGGUGAGGUGCUUUCAGGUAGAGAAAGGAUGGGGCGACUUCACGCAGCCAAUAAACGUCAUACCAGGAGAACCAAUCGGAAAGGAAGAGAUAGAUCCACCUCAGCAGUUGUCUGUCGGGAUCAUCAUUGCAGCUGUCCUGGCGGUGAUACUCUGUAUGGCCAUCGCUACAGGCAUGAUAGUCAUACUCAUCAAAAGAAAUCAACGAGAUAGUCAAAAUGACAAGAGUUGUGGAGAAUACGACCCACAGUACAAUCCGGUUCUCCAUUGUCCCCCUUUGGAGCCCCAUAUGAAUGGUGGAUUGACUAUGCCUUUGUUUCCCCCCAAUGAUUGUGUCAAGUCUUAUGUUGACCCCCAUACUUACGAAGACCCAAAUCAAGCAGUACGAGAGUUCACACGAGAAAUUGAUGCAUCCCACAUCACCAUUGAAUCAGUCAUUGGAGGAGGAGAGUUUGGUGAUGUCUGCAAAGGAAAACUACGCAAUCCUGUAAAACCUGAAAUGUCGGUAGCAAUAAAGACUUUGAAGCCCGGCGCAACAGACAAAAACCGUUUAGAUUUUCUGACGGAAGCCAGCAUAAUGGGACAGUUUGAUGACCAGAAUGUUAUAUUUCUAGAAGGAGUUGUCACAAAAAGUCAUCCCAUUAUGAUUGUCACGGAAUAUAUGGAAAAUGGAUCACUUGAUACAUUUUUACGAAACAACGAUGGGAAGUUUACAAUCAUGCAGUUAGUCGGAAUGAUGAGAGGGAUCGCACUGGGAAUGAGAUAUCUCUCCAACAUGGGCUAUGUUCAUAGAGACUUAGCUGCCCGGAACAUACUGAUUAAUGGGAAUCUGGUCUGUAAAGUUGCCGAUUUCGGAUUGUCCAGGGAAAUCGACAUAGACACUACUGAUGGGGCUUACACAACAAAGGGAGGAAAAAUCCCAGUUAGAUGGACCGCUCCAGAAGCCAUUGCCUUCCGAAAGUUCACAUCAGCCAGCGAUGUUUGGAGUUACGGAGUGGUUAUGUGGGAGGUGGUUUCCUAUGGUGAGAGGCCAUAUUGGAACUGGUCCAAUCAAGAUGUCAUUCGGGCUGUGGAUCGUGGAUACAGACUUCCACCACCUAUGGACUGUCCCGAGGCACUUCAUCAGCUGAUGUUAGACUGCUGGCAGAAAGAGAGAGGAAACCGACCAAAGUUUGACAUCAUUGUCAAAAGUCUGGACAAAUUUAUCAGAGCUCCUGAACUGCUCAGAAAAAUUGCAAAACCCAGGCCUGAAUUCUUAAUGGACACGAAUCAUCGUACAAUGCCCACGAAUCGCCAAGGGGAAGUUUCCAAUUUCACCAACGUGGAAGGUUGGCUUAUAUCCAUCAAAAUGGAGAAAUACAUUGACAAUUUCCUGAACUGUGGUUAUAGGACAAUGGACCAAGUGUUGAAAAUCACUCAACAAGACUUAGAACAAAGAGUAGGUGUCACAUUAAUAGGACAUCAAAAGAAAAUCAUGAACAGUAUCCAAACUCUGCGUGCACAACGAUUCGGACAAUUCUCUCAAAUGUCAGAUGGAUUUCUCGUAUAGUCUUGUGUGUGCUUGCUUUUACUUAGUGCGCUUGUUAUUACUGAAAUUAUUCCUCAGUUGUGAUGCUGACAUCUUGUGCAAUUUUUCUUGUCCAGGCGAGGAGUUGUAUGAUCAAUCAAAAAAAUACUGCAACAAGUCAGGACUGCAAGUACUGCUGCCUGUGUGUCAAAGAGAAGAGUUGUCCCACACCAUACCGCAAAAAAAUUAUCAGUUUUCUCAUGUUUUUGCAUAAUGACUUUAUACUUUUAGCAUCCUAAGGAUGGCAUUGAUGAGUGUUUGCUAGAGCAAGAGGAAUAAACUUGUGAGGUUGUGAGAUCAGUGAAUUUCUAUCUAGUUUACGCUUGUGAGUAUGUGCUAGAGACUGAUUUGCUUGUUGAUAUUUUUUUUUAUCUCACCUUGACAGUAUGCAAUGUAAUUGGCUGUCAAUUAUUAGCAAAUAUUUCAGCACUGUCGUUUGACUGCAGUUUCAGCAUGAUGUGUGUGAAUGUGUGUAUGUGUGCUUGUAUGUGUAUGGUACCAGUGUAACUGGAGAGUGUUUCACUAUUAUUUAAGUCAAAAAACUGUGUAUCAGUAUUUAUAUCAUAACACACGAUUAUUUUGUUAACACUGAGAAUUACAUCAUAUGUCUCAAUACUUGGUAAUUUUUAAUUAAUUUCUAUUACUUUUAUUCCAAAACCUAUAAUGUGACAGUGGAUUUAACAUUUUUUCUGUUUUACAUGUAAGGAAUUUUUUUUUUACAUUCUUUGAAGAUGAUAGUGCAGUUCAGUUGGGUGUUCAUUUUUUAAAUUCUUUUUAAGGUGCUUAGUAGGAGUAAAAUAUUUUAUGUUCAGUUUGUUUCUAUGCAACAUUUGAACCAUUCCAUUAACAAGAUAUUCCCACUUAUGCCAACAGGACUUACUCUCAAAGUCUGCAUGUCAUGUUUACCUGUUGCACUCAUUAUUUUUUCUGGUCAGUUAAAAUGUUUAUGUUGAAUCAGGGUGUGUUUGCUCCACAGUGGAUAUUCUAUCAAACAGGACAAAUAAUAGCACAUAUCAGAUACCUAUUACUAUAAAAAAAUCUUAUGAAAUUAUAUGAAAAAUUGUCAAGCAAAGUAUUUUUCAAACCCUACACUGGAGAGAUAUGGUGAUCCAUUCCUCAUUUUGUUAGAUCCUCACCUGAAUAAUUUGCAUUUCUUAAAUCCACCACCCCACCCACCACUUGUAUAGUAAUCUGUGUAGUUCAUUAUUUGUAGAUCAUUUUAUUUUGACUGUAUAUAAUUUGUAAAUUCCGAUAGUGCUGUAUAUAGAUACGCAAAGUGAAGACUUACUGAUGCUGAAUGCAAAAAUGAAACGAGGAAAUCUCAAAAAGAGAGUAGUGGUUUUUUUUUCUUCUUGCAAUACUUGUCAACAUUUUAAUAAAUCUUUUUUAAUUGUGUGUUUAAAUGUCCUUCGUUCAAUAUUUUUUUUUGUUAGUGAUUUGUUUUUAAUUACGAGUAGCCUAAACCACCAUCUAAUUUCUUACAAUUGAAGACUGAAUGUUAGAAAAACUGUUUUAAAGUUUAUGGUAUAAAAUUUACCUUGUGUCAAAGAAAUCCUUGUAUGUCAUUGUCUUAUUUCACUUCUAAGAAAUCCUAAGAAUUGUUACAAAUUCAAUAUAUAAAAGACGUACACUGAUUUCAGAAUUGUAUGAAUCAAAAGAAAAAAAUUACUAUAAUUAUAAUUUUUAAGAAUUACCCAGCAGUAAUGUUUGUAAAUAUGUUUUGGUGUCAAUUUUAACAUCAUUCACAAAUCAUUGCUUCUAUGAAAUCAUAUCUGAAAUGAAAUUGGUGCUGAAUUUACAAGUUUAUAUAUACAUGUAUAUUUGAUAUUGAAAGCUAAUCCAUUACAGUUUUACCUCUGUUUGUGUACGUAUUACUGAAUCUUUUCUUGCUUCUUUCAAUUCUUUUCAUUUAAGUCUGUACUGGUUUAAAAAUUGUAAUGGCUUAAAGUUGCAAAGUCAUAAUUAAACAAGUGAUUAAGGUUGCUUACACUGAGAGUGUCAGCAUGUUUUUCUUGAAAAGACAAUUUUGAAAGCAAUAUGGUUCCAUGACUGCUAGAUGUUCAGAAGUACACAAGAUAUCACAAUAAAUAUGUACAAAACUGAA